AUGUGGACGCUCGGGCGCCGCGCGGCCGCCGGCUUCCUGCCCCGGGCGGCGCCCCCGGGCCUGACCCAGGCCCGCGCCGGGGCCCCCGGGCCGCCGGAAGGCGCCUUGCUCUGCGGCCGCCGGGGCCUGCAUGCGCCCGGCCAAGCUAGUUCUAACCCCUACUGCCUCAACCAGAUUCUGAAUGCCAAAAAGCAGAGCGUCCAUUUGAUGAAUUUGAGGAAAACGGGAACUUUGGGUGAUCCAAGCUCUCUAAAUGAGACCACCUAUGAAAGACUGGCAGAGGAGACGCUGGACUCCCUAGCAGAGUUUUUUGAAGACCUUGCUGACAAACCUUAUACAUUUGAGGACUAUGAUGUCUCGUUUGGGAGUGGUGUUUUAACAAUUAAACUGGGUGGAGAUCUCGGAACCUACGUGAUCAACAAGCAGACCCCAAACAAGCAAAUCUGGUUGUCUUCUCCUUCCAGUGGGCCCAAGCGUUAUGACUGGACUGGGAAAAGCUGGGUGUACUCCCACGACGGCAUAUCACUGCACCAGCUGCUGUCCACAGAGCUUUCUAAAGCUUUAAAAACCAAAUUGGACUUAUCUUCCUUGGCCUAUUCAGGAAAAGGCACUUGAUGUCCAGCCCAAUUUCGAAGACAUUAAAAGCUAUAAAUCCAAGACCACAGCGUCAUUCUGCAGCUGAGUGUGUCUGUUCUUUUCCAUUCCUGACUGAGGGCAGUUGCAUUGUGUGUAACAGCUUGAAAAGCUUUGUCGCCUCCCACCCCACCCCCAAGUGCUGAUUUUUUAUUUCUAUAGAGUUUUUUUUUUUUUUGCUUUAUUUAUUGUCUGAUUUCUGCCCUCACAUGACCUGCCUUAUCAUCUUUUUAAUGUCUGCAUACCCAUAUUUUAACAUAAGUACCUUACAACAAAGAAAAAUAAUAAGGAAAGUUCUGGAAAGAGAAAUGAAUUGGCUUCACUCUAUUCUUUGAAGGACUUAACUGCAGAAAUGACAUGAAGAGCGGCUGGCCACCCUCACCAUUCUUUCUCAGACGUGUUAAAGGGUAGCCUAUAAAUGUUCCCACGCCUGUUUGAAAGGGUGAACACUUCUGAGGCAUUUAGAAGUAAGUGUCAAAGGCAACUUGGGAGUUCUCAAACUCAAAACCAUCCUCCAUUCAUGCUUUGUUACUCUGAAGGGGUGUGGCCUGCACUGGGUGGCUCAGGGAGACUUGGUUUGGUUUCUUCCAUAUAUGCAUAUAUAUGUAUGGGUGUGUGUGUAUAUAUAUAUAAAAAAUAUAUAUAUGUGUGUGUGUAUAUAUAUAUGUAAAGAUUUAGUGUAUAAUCAGCUGAUGAAACACUGGGGUCUGAAAAUGGAAAAAAAAAAAAAAAAUCCCAGACUCUUUCCCAAAGACAAGAAGAAUAAAAAAAGCCAUCUCUAGAAGCAGAGUGUUACUGUGUAAUAGAUGGUGUCAGGCCACAGAGCUGAAGAGCUGCUUUGGAAAUUGUGAAGAGCCACAUACAGAAAGUAUUGGUGAAAAUAACCCUGAUCCUAGACUCGGCUUAGCCCAAAGUAGUUGUCUAUCUGUGGGCAACUUUCACAAACCCCCUGCACCCAUUUCCCCAUGUUAGGUAGGAGGGUUGAACUGGAUAGAAGAGUUGGCUCCCAAUUCACACAUCAGUGGCUAGCUUUCAUUCCCUCUGGUUAGAUAAGGGGACAGCAAUGAAUGAUUUUUUAAAGCUAUGUAGUAAAUAUACAGGCAGUCCCCGGAUUACAAACGAGUUCCGUUCUUAAAUCUGUCUUUAAGUCAAAUUUGUACGUAAAUCAGAACAGUUAGGGUCUAACGUGAGUGAAGAUGUUUGUCUCAGUAUGUAGUAUAUAGUGUCCCUUUCUGUGCAUAAAAAAAAACUUCCAGAUAUACUAAAACUUCUUUAACAUAAUACAGUCAUAAUAAUAAUAAAGUAGAGCCUGUUUAUUAUUAUAAACCAUUGGAUGUACCUCAAAUUUUUAACAUAGUAGGCUUUACAGGGCUUGGUUCAUAACUAUAGUUGUACACAAGUCAGACGUUCGUAACCCAGGGACUGCUUGUAUUGUCAUUGGUAUUAUUCUGUUGGAAUUUCGGUUGAAUUCAUGUUAAUAUAAUAAACACCUUUAUCGUGUCCCCCCAAGCAACUUUGUUUUAAUCUUUACUGACUUGCAUUUGCACGUGAAGAAACCAAGGCUCAGGAACAUUAAAACAACUCACCUAAAGUUAUGUCCAUCUUCUGUUACUUUCUUACUAAAGAAAGUUUUAUUAGUAACAAGUCUGUAUGAAUGUGUAGCAAAGGCUUUUACAGUGAGUGAACCCAAAACGGGAUCCACUAUAGAAGAAAAAAAAUCUUAAUAGAGCAAUAUAAGCAAAUGUUACAUGGGUUUUUAAAAUAUUCCCUUUCUUCACAAAUAAAAUUUUUUUUGAGUCUGGUGGAAAUUUUUAAGUGUGGUAGGCCAGUGCCAGUGAGAAAAUAAAUAAAAUUGUGCAUGUGUGUGUUUA